AUGGGGACUGAGGCCGCCACCUUCCUUUCAGGCCCACUUCCAGUAGACACGAGCCACGUCCUACACUGCCCUGCCUCGGCCCUGCCUUUUCUUCAGGAGCUGCGUGCGCGUUUUCCCGUCAACGAGGAUGACCCUUCCAAGAAACUGCCAGAGGUUCAAGCCGUUCCGUCCUCUGAGCACGCGGACAACGCGACGCUGUCCAAGAGCACCGACAAUGCCGUUCCGUCCUCUGGCGACAUGAAAAUGGAAUCUGUCGCAAGCGAGCCGGAGCGCGGCCUCACGGAGAAUUUCGCGGAUACGUACGUGUCAUCGGGGAACGCGUGCGUGGAUUUUCUCUUCCACGUGCUUCCGCAGACUGACCGCGACGGUGCGCACCGGCGGCUCGAGGCCGCGUGGGCGGAGGACCCAGCCACGGCGCUGCGGCUGGUGAUGCAGCUGCGCGCGGUGCGCGGCACGGGCAAAAGCGACCGCUCCAGCUUCUUCCACUGCGUCACGUGGCUUUAUCAACACCACCCGCGGACGCUCGUGCAGAAUCUGUGGCUGGUUCCGGAAUUCGGGUGCUUCAAAGAUCUCCUGGAGAUCGUGCGGCUCGCUCUGGCGGAGGAAGGCGUUGAUGCCACGGAGGAUGGUGCCGUGGCUUGGAAUGGCACGAAUAAGGGAAAGAAGAUGAGGAAGCAGCGCGGCGGGAAGGGGAGAAAGGGCGGCAAAGGAGACAGAAAGCAGAAGAGUCGGGAGGAGCGGGUGGCGGAGAACAGGCGGCAGAUGGCGGAGGAGAGCGAGCGCGCGGCGGUUGUGCGCAAGGAAGCGCACGCGCGGAGGGCGGCGGCGGUGGCGCACGCGUACGAGACGAGCGAGCGGCUGCGCGCCGUGCACAACGCGGUGGCGGCGAUUUUUGCGGCUGCGCUUAAGGCGGACCUGGAGACGAUGCGCGCGUUCGAGGAGGGGCGCGCGCGGAAGACCGCUAAAGGGGGAGGGGCGAAGGAGGAGGAGAAGAAGCAGGGAAGCGAGAAGGCAGAGGCAGGGGAGAAGGUUAUGGAGGAAACGGAGGCAGAGGGGGAGGGGGUGAAGGAAGGCAAAGAGGAGAAGAGUGAAGGCGAGAGUGGUGGAAAGGGCAAGAAGAAGCGCAAGUGGAUGGGGAGGCCGGCGCCGAGGCUGUCUCUGGCAGCCAAGUGGGCGCCCUCCUCUGGCAAGUCGUACGAUCACUCCACACUGCUCACCUCCUCCAUCGCCCUCCUCCUCUUCCCCCCCUCCUCCUCUUCGUCCUCCCCCUCCUCUGCUGCUGCUGCUAAGUCUGAUGCUGCUGAUUCCGGAAUGGACGGUGGAGCAGCAGCAGGCGGGGGGGGCGGGUACGUGCGCGUGGCAAAGGAGCGGCUGCAGAGGGAGGUGCUGGCGCCGCUGCGGAGAGUGCUGGAGGUGCCCGAGGUGCACAUGAGCAGCGGGCAGUGGGAGCACGUGGCGUACGGGCGAGUCCCAUCCGUGUGCAUGAACAAGACCCGCAAGCUCUUCCUCUCCCACGACGAGACGCGGUUCAAAGAGUACCUGGAGGAUGUGAAGGGCGGGGAGGUGAAGAUUGCUGCAGGGGCGCUGCUGCCGCAUGAAGUGGUGAAAGCAGCCAUGGAAUCUGCAGAGGACAGCGAUGAUACAGUGGGCGAGCUGCAGUGGAAGGCCAUGGUGGCUGAUGUGCGCAGCAAGGGGUCCCUGGGGAACAGCAUGGCGGUGUGCGAUGUGUCGGGGAGCAUGGCGGGCACACCCAUGGAGGUGGCCAUUGCACUGUCGCUGCUCGUGAGCGAGGUGAGCAGCGAGCCGUGGAAGAACCACCUCAUCACCUUCUCCGCGCAGCCCAUAAUCCACCACGUGCAGGGAGAGACCCUGGUGGAGCGCGUGAGGAGCACACAGCGCAUGGACUGGGGCUACAACACGAAUUUCCAGGCGGUGUUUGACCUGCUGCUGUCCCGCGCACAGCUGUACCAGCUGGACCCGGCCGACAUGGUGCAGCGCCUCUACGUGUUCUCCGACAUGCAGUUUGACGAAGCACGUGGUGCCUGUGGGGUUUACGGAGGUGGAGGCAGCGGGUGGGAGACGGACCAUCAGGCGAUUGUGCGCAAGUACACUGAGGCGGGUUACCCUGUGCCGCAGAUAGUGUAUUGGAACCUGAGGGGGGAUGCUUGUGUGAGCAGCACGCCGGUGGCUGCAAGUGAGGAUGGGGUGGCGCUGGUGUCUGGGUUCAGCAAGGGCAUGCUGCUGGCGGUGCUGGAAGGCAAGGAGAUUACUCCCUUGAUAGUGCUCGAGGAGGCCAUCAAGGGAAAGCUCUUUGAGCUCAUUCAGGGAGGGAGGGGAGGGAGAGAGAGGGGGAGGGAGGGAGAGGGAGGGGGGAGGAGAGGGAGGGAGGAGGGAGGGGGAGGGAGAGAGGGAGGGAGGGAGGAGGGAGGGAGAGAGGGAGGAGGGAGGGAGGGAGAGAGGAGGGAGGGAGGGAGGAGGGAGGGAGGGAGAGAGGGAGGGAGGGAGAGAGGGAGGGAGGGAGGAGGGGGAGGGAGGGAGGGAGGAGGGAGGGAGGGAGGGAGGGAGGGAGGGAGGGAGAGAGGGAGGGAGGAGGAGGGAGGGAGGGAGAGAGGGAGGGAGGGAGAGAGGGAGGGGGGAGAGAGGGAGGAGGGAGAGAGGGAGGGAGGGAGAGAGGGAGGGAGGGGAGAGGGAGGGAGGGAGAGAGGGAGGGAGGGAGAGAGGGAGGGAGGGAGAGAGGAGGGAGGGAGAGAGGGAGGGAGGGAGAGAGGGAGGGGGAGGGAGAGGGAGGGGGGAGAGAGGGAGGGAGGGAGGGAGGGAGGGAACUCUGAAAAGGUCAGGAGGGAGGUGAAGGUGCGGGUUCUAUGA